AUGGCUGCGGGCUACAAGAAAUCUUUUUUUAACUUGUUUUCCAGGGAGAGGCAAGUGGCAAUUCAGUGCAUGUUUGCCUUCAGUGUCAUCGCCCUCUCAGGCGUUCUCAAGCUCCUGGAGAGGAGCUUCCACCUGCCGCACACCCUGGUGCUGUUCGUGCUGACGACGCUGGGCUCCUACGGCUACACCUUCACGGCCGACUUCACGCGCAUCGCGACCGACGCGACGCACAGCUUCAGCGAGUCCGAGCUGCUCGUCGUGUUCCUGCCGGCCCUGGCCUUCCACGCCACGCACGGAAUCAACUUCUACGUCUUCCGGCGCUGCCUGGUCGAGAUUCUGCUCUUCGCCGUCGGCACCACCAUGAUCAACACGUACAUCAUGAUGGAGUACAACAUGGCCGUCAUGCGCAACAAGUUCGGCCGCCUCUGGUGCUUCAUCCUGGGCGCCCUGCAAACUUGCACCGAGCGCGUCUCCGUCGCCGACAGCCUGCUCAACAAAGGCAAGCACCCGAUGAUCGCCACCAUCUUGAACGUGGAGACCUUAGUAAGCGCCAUCCUGUCGUGGGACAUUCUGAGCAUCAUCAUCCGCCAAGCCCAGAGUCACAAUCGCAUCAGCGUGCUCCCGCUGCUGCUGGAGAUGAACGUGUCCAUGGUGCUCAGCGGGGCAUGUGGCCUGCUGUGCGCGUUGCUGGUGAAGAUGACGCUGCACCGCUGCCGCUUCCACCCUCAGAGCAUGGUCGUGUUCAUAGUGGCCUCGUCGUACGCCCUGUUCGCGUUGCUCAAGCUGUACGGCGGCUGCGGCAUCCUGGGCGUCAUCUUCUUCUGCGUCAUGAUCAGCACCGACACGCUCAUCACGUCCACGGGGCUGGAGGACGAGCUCAAGCGGUACUGGGAGGUGCUCCAUGAUACCAGUGAAGUGAUAUCGCUGCUGUUGUGUGCCCUCUAUAUCGGCCACGAGAUAACACCCAAUGUGAACGCCGCCGACAUAAGCACAUCGCUCUUGACGUACUUGGUAGCCGUCGCGUCCCGUGCCGUGUCGGUGGUGUGCAUGCUGCCGUUCCUGUCGUCGGUGCGCUCUUCGUCGCGUCUCGCCCAGGCGUUGAUCCUCAUCUGGCUGGGCAUGCGCGGCUCCUACCGCAUCUUCCUGUCCUUACACUACCUGAGACUGCUCAACGUCUCCAUCGGGGAGGCCACGCGGGGAAUCAUCCACGUCGCAAGUGCCAUGAUUUUCGUAGACUUGAUCAACGUGAUGCUGUUCGAAAACAUCUUGACAUUCAUCGGAUACGUGAGCGACUCGGAGCUGGAGCGGCUGACGCUGGCGAACGCGUUGCGCUACCUGCGCCACACUUCCCGCGUGGCGGCUCACGCCGAGCGCGCCGAGGCGCGGUUCGUGCCCGUCGACUGGCGCUGGGUCACCGGGCGCACCUACGUCACCGACCUGCGCAAGCGGUCGGCCAAGGGAUCGACCGCCGUGCAACUGGCCGCCAUGAGGGACGCCGACGGAGUCGCGAAUGAACACUUAAUUGACAAUUUGAGUGCCGACCAGGAGGCCAUCAACAUGAAGGCUUACGAGUUUGCUAUCGAAAACGCCAUCCGCAUACAAAGGGUCAGCUACCAGAAGCAGUACCGGUCGGGUAUGAUUCAAAAGAAGACGGAGGCGCGCCUGCUCGCCGCCUUGCAGUACCCGUACGAGAGCAAAACGUAA